AUCUCCUCUCCUCUCUGAAAAUGAAAAUGUCAACAACAACAGUCCAAGUCCAAGUCCAACGACAACAAGAAUAUCUACAGAGCUUGCAACGUUUUUGCUAAUAACUUAUCAAGUAUCAAUUUGAUCAAGUUAAACAAAAUAGUUCUUAUUGCUGACCAAUACCAUUACUGUAACCCUCAAUACAAGAUAGAUCACAAGGGCAGUGUGUUGUUUAAUUGAACAAAGUUAGAUGAAACUGAAUUGGAAACCUAGCUGCAGUAGCAGUAAUGUCAAGACCGCGUAAUUGUUUGAGUGCAAGAUAUGAUAAAACUACUUAACAAUGAUGGUUUUAUGUUUUAUAAGUUUUUUUGUCAGUCUCUUUUGUUUUGCUGAUAUGGGUGCAAAUAACUUACACAAAAUAGAAGGUACCAGUACAGCAGAAAUAGUUGGAAGUGAUGUUUUUUUUGAAAUUAUUGAACCAGAAGAGUUGAGUUAUACAUAUAGAACACGCCCAGCUAAAAACUUUGGACCUGUGUUUGAAUUAGGGUUUUCUUCACGAGUGAUCCCACUUGUCCCCGUGGAGCCAGCUGACGGCUGUGGAUGGCCUAGCAAUGCAGAUGAUCUCAGAGGAAAUGUGGUCCUGGUUGAGAGAGGUGAAUGCUCUUUUGUAAGCAAGACAUUGAGAGCGGAGCAGGUGGGUGCAAGCGCCAUUAUUAUAGCUGAUUAUGACAAUAGAAAUGACGAACUUUACAUUGAAAUGGUGGAUGACAAAACUACAAGAAAGACACACAUUCCAGCUACUUUUUUAGUUGGCAAAAAUGGGUAUAUCAUUAGAAAGACUCUGCAAAAACUUCACUUAAAGCAAGCUCUAAUAAGGAUUCCACUAAACAUGACACAUAUUCCAAGCCACAAAAUGCGACAACCACCUUGGGUUCCCUGGUAAAUAAAUAAACUGGUUUGUACAGUAA